UUCCCAGCACACACGUUUGCACAGAACAGGGUCCUCAGGCCUCCACAAUGUUGGCCUCUGGCUCCGGACCCCGUCCUCCUCCUUACCUGCUGCUGACUCUGCUGUUGGGACUCAUAGGUGUGGCAGGUGAGGCGGAGCUGCAGGUGAUCCAGCCUGAGAAGUCAGUGUCUGUCGCAGCCGGACAGACAGCCACUCUGCGCUGCAGUCUGACCUCCCUGCUCCCCCUUGGGCCGGUUGAGUGGUUCAGGGGAACAGGGUCAGCCCGCGAGUUAAUCUUCAGUUUCAGAGGAGGCCACUACCCCCGAGUGACAAAUGUUUCAGAUGUCACAAGGAGAAACACCACGGACUUUUCCAUCCGCAUCAGUAACAUCACCCCAGCAGACACCGGAACCUACUACUGUGUGAAGUUCCAGAAAGGGACCCCUGAUGUGGAGUUUAAGUCUGGACCAGGCACUCAACUCAUAGUGAGCGCCAAACCCUCUCCCCCCGUGGUGUCGGGUCCCAUGGCCAGGGCCUCGCCUGAGCAGACAGUGAACUUCACCUGCAACUUCCAUGGCUUCUCCCCCAGAAGCAUCACCCUGAGAUGGUUCAAAAACGGGAAUGAGCUGGCAGCCUCCCAGACCACCGUGGACCCAGAGGGAAGCAGCACUUCCUACAGCGUCUCCAGCACAACCAGGCUGGUGCUGGCGCCAGGGGACGUUCGCUCCCAGGUCAUCUGCGAGGUGACCCACGUGACCCUGCAGGGGGGCCCUCCUCUUCGUGGGACUGCCAACUUGUCUGAGGUCCUCCGAGUUCCGCCCACCUUGGAGGUUUCCCAGGAACCCGUGGCAGGGGACCAGGUGAAGGUCACUUGCCAAGUGAAGAAGUUCUACCCCCAGCGCCUACAGCUGACCUGGCUGGAGAACGGAAACGUGUCCCGAACAGAAAUGGCCUCGACGGCCUCGACGGCCUCGAACCUCAUAGAGAACAAGGAUGGGACGUUUAACUGGACGAGCUGGCUCCUGGUGAACUCAUCCGCCCACAGGGAAGAUGUGGUGUUUACCUGCCAGGUGCAGCAUGACGGGCUACCCGCGGUCACCAAAAACCAUACCCUUGUGGCCUCUGCCCACCAAAAGGACCAGGGUGAGACCUCAGUGAUCCUGUUCCUAGCAUCCUGCCCCUGCUCCCUCACCAGACAAGAGUUUGGAUUUGUCCUGGUCCAAAGACAAGGUCUCAGAGUCAUCCUACAGGACAGCAACCCAAGGCUAUCUACUCCACUCCUGGUGGCUGUCACCCUGGGCCCAAAGCUGCUGCUGCUCAUCACUGUCUCUGCCAUCUAUGCCCACAAGAAGCAAGGGCCUGCCUGUGUCCCAAGAGGAAAAUAGCACCGAGGCUAUAGGAGACACAUGCGGAACAUUUCUGGAAUGAUGAGCAGAUAACCAACUGUGAAC